AUGCACUCAAAGAGCAUACUUGCGCCACGGCGCCCCGUCCGCUUGGCUGUCUUUCUCGCCGCAGCUUUUGUCACAGUCUUUUUACUUUUUCCUCCAUACGAGUCUAGACCGAUUCUUUUGUUCCCCAGCACUAGCAGCAGCAGCCAGCCCGAGGAGAUCAUAUUCUGCAAGAGUUCUUUCGACUGGGCGACUUUGGAGCAGCAUCACCCCGUCACAUCCUUCAAGCCUUUACCGACAGGCAAGCCACUUGGCCUCCCAUUAAUCCAGCACGAGUUCGGCGUAGGCAAUCCGCAUCCAGAGGCACCGAAGCGACAGAAAGCCGUCCGCGAUGUAUUCAUCCGAAGUUGGAACAGCUACAAGAAGUUUGCUUGGGGUCGAGAUGAGCUAGCGCCCGUGAGUGCCGGGGCAAAGGAUACAUUUGGAGGAUGGGCUGCCACUCUGGUGGAUUCUCUUGACACCCUCUGGAUCAUGGAGCUCAAGGAUGAGUUCCGCGCCGCGGCCAAUGUUGCCGUAAAGUUGGAUUGGGCCAACACAACAGCUACCAGCGUAAACAUGUUCGAAACCACGAUUCGUCAUCUGGGCGGUCUACUAAGCGCAUACGAUCUCAGCGGCGAACCCGCCCUCCUUGACAAGGCGAAAGAAUUGGGAGACAUGCUUUACAUGGGGUUCGAUACGCCAAAUCGACUACCAGGGUUUUGGGUCAACUUUGAAGACGCCAGGAAAGGAACUCAGCUAGCUGGCACGCAUGACCCAUCAGCUUCUCCGGGCUCAUUGGCCAUGGAAUUCACACGUCUAUCCCAGCUGACGGGUAAUCCGAAAUAUUUCGACGCGGUGGAUCGCAUCACGAGGUUCCUAGAAGGCACACAAUUCAAGUCGAAACUUCCUGGGAUGUGGCCGAAGAUGAUCAACUUCAGAGAAGAACGAGUCGACACCGAUCACAGCUUCACGCUGGGAGCGUUAUCAGAUUCACUAUACGAAUAUCUGCCUAAAAUGUUUGCUCUACUCGGCGGUCGAGAUCCAUCAUACGAGAAGAUGUACAUCGGAGCGAUGGCCAUUGCAGAGCAGCACAUACUAUUCCGACCCAUGGUUCCAGAUCGAGACGACAUCCUGUUUGCUGGUGAUGCCUUCGUCUACGCUGAACGGAUCGAGCACGUAUCCAACGGCCAACACCUCGCAUGCUUUGCGGGCGGUAUGCUUGGUCUGGGAGGCAGGCUCUUUUCCGUCGACAAUCAUGUUGUUCUAGGUGAGAAGGUCGCACGAGGAUGCGCAUGGGCGUAUGACGCGUUUCCGUCCGGUGUGAUGCCGGAAAACUUCAAUCUCAUCCCUUGCGAAGCCCGGAAAACCGGAGAUACCCAGAAGGAUGACGAAUGCCUCUGGGAUGAGUCGAGAUGGAAGAGCGAGGGAGAUCCAAGGCUGUCGAAGGGCUUCCGAAAUGCGCGCGAUCCAAGAUAUAUCCUCCGUCCUGAAGCUAUUGAGAGCAUAUUCCUGUUGUACAGGAUGACGGGCCGACAGGAUCUUCAAGAUAUUGCCUGGCGAAUGUUUGAGUCGAUCCUGAAGGCAACAGAGACGGAGCAUGCUCAUUCGGCUAUAGCUGAUGUUACAGUUCCGCCUGAUCAGACGAGAAAACUGGACGAGAUGGAGAGCUUCUGGCUUGCCGAGACCCUCAAGUACUUUUACCUCAUAUUCUCGCCACCGGACCUCAUUAGCCUGGAUGAGUAUGUCUUCAACACAGAGGCACAUCCAUUCAAAAUUCCCAAAUAA